AUGACUCACCUCAACGCCGUCCUCAAGGCUUGUGGCUGCACAAUCCUCGACAAGUUAGCACUCCAAGAUAUCUCGAGUCUCUCGAAAACCUGCAAAGAGACUCGAAGCCUAGUACUCACUGGCAUGCUAAGCGCCAUUCCAAUCACCUGGAACACGCACAUCCCGCUUAUUCGCAAGACCCGGCUAUCCAAGUUCCUUGAGAGCCUAAUCAAGUAUCCCUCCCUACGGCCCUAUGUCAAAAGCAUCCACCUGAAUGAGCUUGGUUCGAACAACCCUAUCUUCGACGCCAAGUCCGGACCUCCAGUCCCACGAGCCCGACUCAAACUCUUUAGAGAGCAGAUCAACCGCCUUCCACUCCCGGAUACAGUACGACCACAUCAAGAUGUUGCCAUAAUUGCAUUGCUCUUGUCAUACUGCCCGGAAUUGGAGAAUCUCAAGAUCCACAUCGACUUGGUGGCAAAUGAUAUUCUCCUUCAAACGCUGAGCCACUUACUCAGAGGAAAUCGCCCAGGGCACGGGACAAAUGCAAUCCUGCAGCGAUUAGAACAUGUGUCUUUGACCGCUCCCAUUCAACCCGACGAGGAGGAGGCAGAGAGGCAGUCUUAUUUACCUUUGUCGGUAUUUCUCCCAUUCCUCUAUCUCCCUUCUCUUGAGGUCAUGGAGGCCUUCCUCCCAAAGGAACCGAACGAUGUGGUACCAUGGCCAAUGGAUCGCCCACCUGCGGACACUGCGCUGCGUACAUUGCAGUUACCGUACACUACAGCCACACCAGGCACACUGUCUGCCAUCCUAUUCCACACACCGCAGCUCACCACCCUCGAAUACCAUUACUGGUGCAAUUUCAUGUAUGAUCUGGACUGCGAAAUUCUCCGUUCCGCCCUCUUAAAGGUCAAAGACACCCUCUCAACCCUGGUUAUAUCAUUCAUGCCCUACGCAACCUGCGCCGGUGAGACUGAGUGUCAAAACUGGCAGAUCAUAGGCGCACUUGGCUCUCUCAAGCCGCUCACGAAACUACGCCAUCUUGAAAUCUCACUCCCAGUGCUAUUCGGCUGGGAUCGGAGUGUCCUCUCCCUUGAUGAUGUUCUGCCUUCCUCAUUGCAAGCACUCUGGAUCCGGCAAGAAUGCUUUGGGUUUCUCAACAUGGGUUGGUCAGAUCGGGUGGCCGUUAACCUGUUUGUCGAGUUCCUGAAGAGCGUCAAGAAUAGUUCUCGGGCAUUGAAGUCAUUUAAUCUACGCUUUCCGGAUGCGUACAAUAGCCGCCCUUGGAAUCCAGUGCAGGUGGAUUGGUUCCAGAAUCGCUGCAAGAAAGCAGGAUUGAGCUGCACUAUUGUUAGUUUCAAGCCCGGCUUCUAUUGGUAUCCGUGA